CUUUCGGAGUGAAUUAAAGUUAAGAUGCUGCAGUUGGAGGCAGCACUAACCUGCCUGUCGGCUCCAGCUGAUCUGAGUGAGAAUGAUUCAGAUUCGCUGCUGAGUAGAAAGUGUUGGUGGUUUCGAAAGACAGAACUGAAAACAGCUACGAGAGCCUCCGUCUUUUCAAAUGUCAGCCAAGCAACCGAGGUUUCACAUCGGAACUGUCUAAAUGGAGGAAACGUUAUUCACGACGUAAUGGCCAUGGACAGCAGUGUGUGGAAUACCUGCGACUACAGCCACAAUGUCUCGUUCUUCUACAACUUGGUGGGUAAGAAGAUCAGGGUGGUGUGGACGGCGCGGGACUUUGUGGUGAUUGGACUUGGCCUGACAGUAUGUGUCAUCGUACUCUUGGCCAACCUGUUGGUGAUGGUGGCCAUCUUCUUGAACAAACGCUUCCACUUCCCCAUCUAUUAUCUCCUGGGCAACAUGGCUGCAGCAGACCUGUUUGCAGGUGUCGCCUACGCCAACCUGAUGCUGAACACGGGCCCCUGGACCAGCACGCUCUCUAAAGAGCAGUGGUAUAUCCGUGGGGCAUUGAUUGACAUCAGCCUGACAGCCUCAGUGGCCAACCUGCUGGCAGUCGCAGUGGAGCGCCACCAGACCAUUAUCACCAUGCAGCUACACAGCAAGAUGACCAAGCGGCGUGUGGUGCUGCUGAUAGUCUGCAUCUGGGCCGUGAGCAUCAUCAUGGGCCUGGUGCCCUCAACAGUUUGGAAUUGCGAGUGUGAUUUCGAUGAUUGCUCCACCGUCGCACCCCUCUACAGUCGUCGCUUCCUUAUCUUCUGGGCAGUUCUCAACCUACUCACAUUCUUCAUCAUGGUGGCCAUGUACACCCGUAUCCUCGUCUAUGUGAGAUACCAGAGCAGGUAUGCGUCUCAGCACAGCUCGGAGAUGCAGCACAGCCAGACUAUUGUCAACCUGAUGAAAACGAUCUCCAUGGUCCUGGGCGCCUUCGUAAUCUGCUGGACGCCGGGCCUCAUGACCCUGUUACUGGACGGGCUGCUGGGUAAAGCCAGCCACGCCAACAACUAUGAGAAGUUCUGUUUGCUGAUAGCACAGUGCAACUCUCUGGUCAACCCCAUCAUCUAUUCCCUGAGAGACGCCGAGAUGCGGAGCACGUUCAAGUCAAUCCUGUGCUGCCUGUGUCGAGGUGCUGGACAGAGGAGGGAGCAGGUGGAGCAUGCAGAGGAAAAUAUUGGCUGUGUGGUGAAGUCAGAAGAUCAGACCGCCUGUACAGAAACAAACAAAAGAGAAGACAGUCGAGCAGUACUGUAGGUAUGAUGAUGGCUGAAGGCCUGCAAGACUUUCAAGGACAUCGACCAGCGCACGUCUAAAAUCCACUGACUGUCUCUUCUGCUGGACAUCAUCUAACGUCUGCCAAACUACCUCUCCUCCAUGUUGCAUUUGUAAAUUGAAUAAAUAAGAAAACAUUAAAAAGUGCAUCUGUUGACAGGCUGAAAAUUUUUUAUCCAUGUUGGAAAAAAAAAAAAUCAUUGUUUUCCUCAGUCUCAGGGAGGCUGACAGAUUCACAUAUUGA